AUGACUUCCUUCGAUCCCACCAAUGUGAAUCUGGACACAGCCAGUACUGAAGAUGUGCUGUGCUAUCUCGCAGUCUCUGAGAACGAAUACAAUGGCCAUAUGGGGGUACGCAUAUCAUCGAUCUUCGUGAUUUUGAUCGUUUCUUCGGCUUUUACUGUUUUCCCGGUGGUCUCCAGACGCAUACCUAGUUGGAAGAUUCCGCUAGGCGUGUAUAUCUUCGCCCGAUACUUUGGAACUGGAGUCAUUGUCGCGACUGCAUUUAUUCACCUCCUCGACCCAGCAUAUUCACAAAUUGGACCGAAUACGUGUGUCGGGCAAUCAGGAUACUGGGCUGAGUAUUCCUGGUGUGCGGCGAUUGUCCUGGUCUCAGUGGUUGUCAUCUUCCUCAUGGAUCUCGGAGCCGAGGUUUAUGUCGAGCACAAAUAUGGCAUUCAGCGGAACGAGGACGCAACAGAAGCUUUUGUGCGGUCUGAGCGCCCCUGCGAUACCCAGUCGGGCCUUGCUGGCACCAGCAAGGCUGUUGCCUCUAGCCCAGAAAUAUCAUCCGUCGAUCCUUGGAGCGCCGAGACCCAUGGGAUCAUGGCCGAGCGGUCCUUUCAGCAGCAGAUUGCUGCGUUCCUGUUGCUCGAAUUCGGGAUCAUCUUUCACUCCGUCAUCAUCGGAAUGAAUCUGGGCGUGAGCGGUUCCGAAUUCGCAACCCUGUACCCGGUUCUUGUAUUCCAUCAGUCCUUCGAAGGAUUGGGCAUUGGGGCUCGGAUGUCUGCAAUCCCAUUUGGUCGGCAUACCUGGCUUCCGUGGAUCUUGUGUGCUGCCUAUGGUCUGACGACCCCAAUUUCCAUCGCCAUCGGGCUCGGUGUCCGCACAUCCUACAGUUCUGGUUCGAAAGUGUCGUUGACUGUACAGGGCGUGCUGAACGCCAUCUCCGCGGGGAUACUUAUUUACAGCGGGCUGGUAGAGCUGCUCGCGAGGGAUUUCCUGUUCGAUCCGAAUAAGGAGCAAACGCCGGUCUCGGCUGUUAUUCAUGAUUGGAUGUACGUUAUUGGGGGCGGGCAUUAUGGCUUUGAUUGGCAAGUGGGCUUAGAUCUGCUGGUCCUCCAUAGAAUAUUGAAAGAUCUGAGUUUAGUUAUCCGAAGAUCAGAUAAGAUCGUAAGACUGGGUUAUCAUAUUCUAUACGACCUCUUGAGUGGUGACGUAAAGUACCUGUAA